AUGCAAGCAGCCAAUCGUCUACAGAAGGCGCUCAAUGAGGGCCACUCGGCCUAUGGAGCAUGGCAAAUGCUCCCAGGGGCAAACCUUACCCGUGCUAUCUGUCGAUCGGCAAGCAAUAUAGAUUGGCUGCUCGUCGACUUGGAGCACGGGAAUAUUUCCGAUGAUUCGAUGCAUGAUAUCGUUGCUGCCGCUGCUGCAUGCGGCGUGUCCCCAGUUGUACGGGUCAUCGAAGGGCAGCAAUGGAUGAUCAAACGCGCACUUGAUUCUGGAGCGCACGGUAUCCUAGUCCCUGUACUAGAGUCAGUGCAAGAUGCAAGAAAUAUAGUGAAGUACUCCAAGUUUCCGCCUUUGGGUACCCGAGGAUUUGAACCCCUUCUCGCGGUAGAAAAGUUUGCCCAGCAGCAUCCACAUGGCGGUGGCGUAAGACAACUUACUGGCCGCGAAUAUCUCGAGCAAGCAAACACUUCGCUUGUCAUCGCUGUCCAGAUUGAGACAAGAUCAGCUCUCGACCAGGUGAAAGAAAUCGCUGCAGUGCCGGGGAUCGAUGUGUUAUUUAUCGGGCCGUUUGACCUGGGCGUCAGCAUUGGUCAUCCUAUUGUCAAUGGCCACAUGGACGAAGUCCUUAUCGAUAGCAUAAUAUCCGUACACGAGGCUGCACAGAGUGCAGGUAAAAGAGCAGGUAUCUACUGUGACAGCGGCCAGGAUGCUAAAGAGUGGGCAGACAGGGGCUUCCUGAUGAACAGCGCCGUGACCGAUCUUAUUGGCCUUCAACAGGUGAUGAGCCAGGAAUUCGAGGCGGCCAGGUAG